UCUGUCGAGAACCUUGAUGUCGUCAAGUAUUUGGGGGAAUACCGUUUUGAAUGCGCUUGGGCAGCUAUGAUCAAGGCCGCACGCGCUGGGCAUAUAUACAUUCUGCAGUGGCACCACGAACACGGAAGUAUGUGCAUUCCGUACGCAGAGGGUCAAGCUGCUUCCUAUGUAAAACUUAGCUCUGUGAAGUGGCUGCACGUGAACCGCGCGUAG